UCUGGAGGCGGCACAUGAGGGGUCAGUGCAAUCAAAGCCUCUUGAGAUUCAGAGGAAGCUUGCGCAACAACCAGAGGCGAUUCGAAAGUGGUUUAACAAGCUAAAGACCAUAUGCGAGCGCCUGGAGAUUGCCCCUAAGGAUACCUGGAACAUGGAUGAAUAUGGCUGUCAAAUAGGCGUUACAAAGAACCAGUACGUGUUUACUAGGCAUGGGAGACAAGUAUUUAUUCCUACAUCAAACAAUUACGAGCAAGUCUCUCUUGUUGAGGCUAUCUCCGCUCAUGGAAAGGUAAUUAAUCCUAUGCUUAUUAUUAAGGCCUCAAUAAUUCUGAAAGCCUGGGUAAUGGAUCUCCCUGGCGACUACCUUAUUAAUGUAAGCAAUUCUGGCUAUAACAACGAUAAGACAAGUCUGGAUUGGAUUGAACACUUUGAGAAGAUGACCAAGGACCAAGUUAAGGAGACAUAGAGACUUCUAUUAAUGGAUGGCUACAGAUCUCAUCUUACUCGACAAUUUAUUGAGUACGCCGCCAGCCAUAAAAUCCAAUUGUUUGCUUUACCACCACAUACUACACAUUUCCUCUAGCCUCUAGAUGUAGGGUGUUUUCAGCCGCUUAAGUGGUAUCAUAAUAAGUGUCUUGACUUUGCUUCACGGACAGGCACCAAGGAUAUUACAAAGACUGAUUUUUUUACAACUAUAGCCUGAGUUCGUCAAGAAACGUUUCGUCUAGGCACAAUUUAUAGUGGCUGGCGGAGAUCUGGUAUUUACCCCUUCAAUCCUCAGCUAGUGUUAGAUGAGCUG